CGUCGUUAAAUGUGUGGCCGGGCUGAGGGGCGCUGGAAGCGGACGCUCCCCCCUCACUGCGCCGCUUUAAGUGAGAGCGGGGCCGCCUUGAAACCUCCGCCACCUCCUCCUCCUCCACCUCCUCCUCCACCUCCUCCUCCUGUGUGUGUGUUUCAUGUUUGUAUCUUGAAAAUUGCGGAGCACCAUAUUGAAUCAAAGUUUAACCACCUCCGUGUCAAAUGUUUUGUAACUUUUAAAAACUUUUUAUUGUUUUUACGGCGCCUCUCUCUCGCUCUCCGACGACGACAACCCCGACUGUUACGGAGCUGCUGUAGCCGACUUGUUGCGCUUGUUUCCCGGGUUGAAGCUUUCCGCCUUCCGCCGUGUUAAAGUAGUUUUAAUGCACCGAGCGAGGACACUGGACCGGACCUGGCUGUGAUGGACAACCCGUCCUCCGUGAUCACGCAAGUCAGCCGGGAUGAGGAGGCCAGCAAAGCCGGAGGAGAGCGAGCAGAGCGGGGUUCGUCUCCCUCUCUGUCCUCCACCAAGCCGAGGAGCAGAGGCCUGUUCUCCAGCCUCUUCUGCUGCCUGUGCCGGGACCAGCCCGAACCGCCGCCGGUCAACAACAACGCCCCUCUGCUGGUGGAGGAGAACGGCACCGUCUCCAAGAUCCAGGUGAAGCCGCUGCUGCCUCCGGUCAAGUCAAAAGACUCGGGAAAGCUCUGCGUGGUGAUCGAUCUGGACGAGACGUUAGUUCACAGCUCUUUUAAGCCCGUGAACAACGCAGACUUCAUCAUUCCCGUGGAGAUCGACGGAACAGUGCACCAGGUGUAUGUCCUGAAGCGGCCCCACGUCGACGAGUUCCUGAAGAGGAUGGGCGAACUGUUCGAGUGCGUCCUGUUCACCGCCAGCUUAGCCAAGUAUGCAGAUCCCGUCUCCGACCUCCUGGACAAGUGGGGCGCUUUCCGCUGCCGCCUCUUCCGGGAGUCGUGCGUCUUCCACCGAGGCAACUACGUCAAGGACCUGAGUCGCCUGGGUCGCGACCUGAACAAGGUCAUCAUCGUGGACAACUCCCCGGCCUCCUACGUCUUCCACCCUGACAACGCGGUUCCCGUGGCCUCGUGGUUCGACGACAUGUCCGACACCGAGCUGCUGGACCUCAUCCCGUUCUUCGAGAGGCUGAGCAAAGUGGACAGCGUCUACACGGUCCUCAAGCAGCAGCAAGGCACCGCCAGCUAACAGCGUUCGACUUCUUCAUCUCAGCUCUGAACAAAACAGAAACGGCGUACACAACAUGGACAUGCACACACCAGCUCCAGCUAUCACUGCCCACCAGAACACGGACUGCUCCACGGCUGCCCGAGCCUUCGCCUACGUCUUCAGCUGCCAAACAGAUAAACUGCCCCCGUAACUUCCUCUUUAUCUACGAACCAGCUGAUGUGAGCGAGUGGACGGACGAACGGGACACUGACCGUGUACUGGACCAAGACUUCAGCGGUCCGCUCCUGCAGAAACAUGCAGAAUCUGUUAAGUGGAUUUAAACUUGAGCAGACGGCGUGUACGUACUGUCGUAAUUUCAUCGAUGAUCACACUUCAUGUGUACGUGCGUAGAGUUUUCAGAGCGACCAGGUGUUUUCUUCUGAUUAAUCACAACAGUGUUACGACGGAUCUGAUCAAAAGUUUCUAGAAUCAGGAGUUGUUAAAUUCGCUUUAGAUUCGUGUUCUAACAAAUUUGGUUUAAACUUAAAAAAGCCGGAGUCGUGUUCGCACUGGAACAGAUGACGGCUGCAGUAUUCUGACACUAAAACCGCCUGAAACAGCUGCUACGUUUAUCGGACGAGGAUUCCUGAAGACGGACGGACCAGGAUGGACUUCACACACACACGCAAACACCAAACUUGAAUCUCUCCCGGCGUUUUUACAGACUUAUUUCUGAUCGUUACAGGUCGGCGUCCGUGUCAGUUUGGUUACAACGUUUAAGCGGUACACAGGCUGGAAACAAUUUCAGGACUUUGUCAUAAAACAAGUGGAGGAAGGGCGGAGGGACUGCUUUAGGACUCAGGCGAUGGAGGAGGAGGAGGAGAUGUGAGGAGGUGCCUGGUGAGCACCUUGUUUUUUUAAUUCAGUCCAGAUUUAAAGGAGAAAUCCACCCUGAAACACUUUUUAAUAAAACCCCGCGAUUGGUGAUUUAUCCCGUCCCUCCGGGGUUUUUAUUAUUCGGCUGGAUCGUCUGGACGUUGCGUAACGUUGAGGUCACUCCAGAUCGAACACAUGAGCGCCGUGGAGGAGCGAGCUCGUCGCCAGCACGAUGAUGCAGAACGAUUAAAUCUCCACCUUCAUGCUUGUUUUUUUUUUCUCACGCGAUGCAAACCUCUUACGCGUUGACAAUAACCAUGCGUCGACACCGAUGAAUGAAAACGGCGAGUUUUUGACUAAGAGCCUCCGCGGCGGGCUCGCGAUGAGACGUUACCGAGACGAGGAGGCAGGAGGCGACAAAAAAAUCCACCGUAUUAAGAGUUAUCACGUUAUUUUUAUAUGUUUAACAAAUUAUCGUCAAUCAAAUUAGCCUGUUUGCUUCUCAUUUUCUUUUUGUUUUGCAACAGUUUGUGGUCGUUACCUCAUAUAUUAAUCUGUAAUAUAUGGCUCGAACACCAGCAAAUGACUAAAACAAAUAUUUUACUGUUGUGGGCACAUAACAGGGUGAUUACUUUAAAGGUUUGACACAUGUAAGCCAUCGUCACGUCUCAGUUUAGGCUCAACGCUGAGUAUUCAUCGGCAAACAGGAGUAUUUAUAGGAACGUUCAGUUAUUUGAUCACAUAUAAAACAAGUGUUGUGUCACUACGGGGCCCGUUCACUGAUACUGUACUUCUUACACAUUCAAGUAGGUUUGUAUAUUUUGUUUUGCACAGUAAUAAAGCAAACAAAUCUUCAUUAAUAUAUGGAAUAUUCAUGUUACUGUACUCAUGAUUGAAUAGAUGUAACCUAAUUUUUUUUUUUGACCUGUUUUAUCAUACCAAAUUAUAUAUAUGGACUGUAAUAAUGCCUCUUUUUUUUUCCAUAAAUGCUAAAU